AAAAGUAUUAUAAGGAGGAGGAACACUGAAAAAGUCAUGUGACAUACUUGUACAAAAUGGCGACAUACGAAUGGUUUCCGAAAAGAAGAAACUACCAUCUAGAAGCUAGGAAAGAAAAUCUACAAUUGGAGGAGGCUACCAGUCAUCCUUUAAAAACUAUCAGUGUUGUGGAAGUAAAAAGCACCGAAAAACGCGGAACACCUAUAAAGGGGACUGGUGCCAGCAAAGUUGUAAAGACAGAGACUUUUGACCCAUUGAGUUCAGCACUGGAGGGUUCAGACCCAUUGUCUAUGUUUGCUGCUGAAGUCCAGACUAAAAGUGCAUCCAAAACCCGCAGCUCGAGUCUAAAGGAGACUAAAAUAGGCCACAAUCCAAGUGAUGACUUGGAUGAGACGUUUGAACCAUGGAGUGCCAAGAAAGCUAGCAUUCUUACCAAGUACAGUACCUCAGAAAAGCUUUCUAUUACCACCAGCUUCCUGUCUGCAUCAGAUAAGGAAAAAGUUGUCAUCAAGGCAGUGACGGCGACCACAGUGACAGAUAAAGUGAGAAACAGACUGGAACAGUUAGAUGAUUUUGAGGAGGGAUCUGUUCAGGAGAUGUUGAACCUUAGUCAGCAGGAUUAUGUGAACCGCAUUGAUGAACUGAAUCAGGCUCUCAUAAAUGCCUGGGACAAUGACCAGAGAGUAAAAGCUCUCAAGAUAGCCAUCCAGUGUUCCAAAUUAUUAGCUGACACGUCUGUGAUCCAGUUCUACCCCAGCAAGUUUGUCCUUAUCACUGACAUACUGGACACGUUUGGAAGAUUGGUGUAUGACAGGCUGAAGGAAAAGGCUGUGUAUUAUCCACCAGGCAGUGGAGUACCUGUGAAACUACCAGACAAUUUUACACCAGACCAGGUGCCAGAGUCUGCCAAGGAAACAUGUCGGAACUGGUUUUACAAGAUAGCUUCGAUACGGGAGCUUAUACCUAGGUUCUACGUGGAAACAGCCAUUCUGAAAUGUUACAGUUACCUCAAUCAAGGGGAGUACAGAGAUGCAUUGAACAGAUUGAUGGCCAUGAUCAAAGGAAUUGGAGAUCCACUAGUGGCUAUUUAUGCUCGCUGUUAUCUAAGCAGGGUUGGCAUGCUGAUAGCUCCUAUGAUUAGCGACCAUCUGAUGCCUUGCUUUGAUGAUUUCCUUGCCUCUUAUGCACAAAUCCAAGGUGACCACGUACAGAAUGUACUAGCUAUACAGAAGCUGGAAAUGCCUAAAUACCUGACUCUGUUCUCCCCCGCCCUCGACUG